AUGUACUAUCCACAUGGCAACUUCAAUAAAGGCUUUCAAGACUCUCGGCAGUAUCAACAGCAGCAACAACAGCAACAACAGCAACAACAGCAACAACAACAGCUUCAACAUGCUCAACCGUCUUAUGGAAGUCUUGGAUACAUAAAUGCUACAACUUCUAAUCAGCAGCAGCAGCAGCAACAACCGCAGCCGCAGCAGCAUCAACAACAACAACACACGGCUCAACAGCAACAGUCUCAGCAUUCUCAGGCUCUUUUUUCCCAUUUUGUUCCUGGAACAAACCACCAAACUUCGGCUCCAGCAUCAGUUGCAGUCAAUGGACAAUAUAGGUCAAUGAAUUAUCUUCAGCAGCACCAGCAGCACCAGCAACAACAACAACAACACCAGCAACAGCACCAUCAACAAUCUCAGCAGUACCAACAACAUGGCCACCAGCAACAGCAAUACGCUGCUUCUCUCUCUAACGCGUCUACAUCGGCUUCACAAACUUCCACCUCAUCCGUGCCCUCUUCCCAUUAUUCCCAACUAUACGUCAACCCAACCAUGUUUAAUUCUACAACCUCAACUUCAAGCCAACAAACUCCAACUGCUCUAGCUGCCGCUUCUGCCGCUGCUGCCUCUUCCUCUUCUUCCUCUUCUUCUUCUUCUAAUGCUCAAUCCUCAAAUCCAAAUGCAUCGACCCAAACAGCUACUUCUGCUGCGACUACUUCAAACACAAAUUCUUCCUCCAAUCCCUUUUCUAGUAGCCAGCAACUUGACUCAUCAUCCUCUUCUGCUUCUUCAUCUUCUUCUCGUGCCCAACCAUCUUCAGCAACAAGUGACUUUUAUCAAAAGUCUUAUUCGCGACAAUUCCAGAUGCAACAAAGCCAUCAAUACCAACAGCUACAGCAGCAACAGCAACAUCAGCAACAGCAACAGCAACAACAACAACAACCUACCUCGACGCUCUCUUCUCUCUCUUCUCAUACUUCAGAAUCUACUCAAAGUCAGUAUCCCUAUUUGAGCCAGACUGCUUAUUCACAACAAUCUCAGGAUAAACACUAUCAAAUGGCACAAUAUCAAACUCAGCAACAGCAGUAUCAGCGUCAGCUCCAGCAACAACAGCAACAGCAACAACAGCAAAUGUUGCUUCAACAACAAGCUGCUCAAGCUGCUCAGUCUCAAGAUAAAUCACAGGCUUAUAUCCAAAAAGUCCAUCAAAAAGAUACACGUUCGCAAUACCCUUCCCAGCAGCAGCAACAGCAGUAUUAUUCUUAUCAACAACAAUCACCUACUGCAUCUACUGCUGCUACUGCCUCUACUGCUUCUAAUGCUUCUAAUGCUUCUAAUGCUUCUAAUGCUUCUAAUGCUUCUAAUGCUUCUAAUGCUUCUAAUGCUUCUAAUGCUUCUAAUGCUUCUAAUGCUUCUAAUGCUACUCCAACUGCAACUGCAACUCAACGUGCAUUAUACCAACAAAAGCCAAAACAACAAUUGAAACCCACGACUUCAACUUCUACUGCUUCUUCUAGUUCUCCUAUGGCUCAUUAUCAAACUUAUCAUUCUCAACAAACUACUAAUACUGCUACCUCUCAAUACCCUCAGACUCAGACUCAAACUCAAGCCCAACAACAUCAGCAAUCUCCCCAAUCAUCAUAUUCUACAACUCAACAGAGUAGAGCCUCCACAGUCAGACGUGUUGCUUCCUCUGAUUAUUCUCAGCAAUACUCUUCCUCACCUCAGACACAAACUCAAUUGUCUUCAACAGGUCUCGGAUCUUUCUCAGCUGCUGCUUCUUCUUCCUCAUCAUCUACUUCUUCCUCUUCUUCAUCUACCUCUUCUGCAACUUCUUCAAAUACCGCUGCUUCUACAAAUACUAACACCUCUUCAACUUACCCCGCAAUAUACUCUCCGGGCUAUUCAUAUGGAAUGCCUUACUCCCAGCAGCAGCAGCAGCAGCAACAACAACAAGUUCAGCAGACACAAAAACAAACUCAGAAGCAACCUCUCCAUCAAACUUCUCAACCAUAUAUUUAUGGCACUUCUCUUAGUCAAACAUCUAACAAUACGUCAAGUGCCACUACUACUAACACUAACACUAAUACUAAUACAGUUUCUGGCUCCACAUCAAGUGCCCCCAGUGGUUCAUAUACAUUACAAUCUGCUUACUCUUCAAAUGACUCACAACGUCCUUACUCAUCAAGCUCGACAGGUUCUACUGCUGCUGCUACCAAUAAUAACACAACUACCACUGCCACCUCCACAACUUCUUCCUCUUCUGCAUAUGGCUCACAUUCGCGGUACUAUGACUCUCACUCUUCAUCAGCAAAUUCUCAUUACCCGUCUUCACAAGCAGCAGCAGCAACCUCUACAGGUUAUGGUACUUCUUCAUCUUCAACAUCCACGGCUCAAACAGCGGCACUUCAUGAUACUUCGUCCUCUAUGGCAUCAAGUUCUUCUGUUCCGCAAACUAACACUAGCAGUACUUCGUAUACUUCUGCCAACCCUUCUCAACUACUUAACAAUCCCAUAGAUCGGACCACAGAUUAUACUACAGCAACUGGUGCAACUAAUACCACUAGUGCAAGUACUGUCACCAAUAAUAAUACCAAUAAUACCAAUAGCAACAACGGUGCUGAUACUACAACAUCAACAACAGCAUCAUCUACGGAUAACUCUGGUCAUCCAAGCCAAAUCAAGUCCGAGUUUUCAUACUUUUCUCGAUCUAGGCUGUCUCCCACAUCUAGCACUGCUACUGCUCCUUCUGCUACUACAGUAUCAUCUGCAUCAAAUGUAACGGUUGGGCCAGCAAGUACUUCUACUAGUAACUUGCCCUCAGUGGGAUCCAUUAAUGUCAAUAAUAAUGGCUCAUCAUCAGUGUCUUCAGCAACGACUAUGGCUGCACAUACAAGCAAUUCUGCUGCUGCAGAGUCGCCACUAAAUACUGCAGAUACAAACUCAGCUAUUGACUCAUCAGUCUCAAUCAAUCCAGCUUCUCUUACCAAUAAUGGACAGCUGCCAAAACCGACAUCAACAGUUCCCUCAACCAUUUUCCCAGUGUUUCUUCCUACUCCGUCAACCACCUCCUCCAUCAGUAAUGGAUUAUCUGGAAAUGCAAAUGCAGCGAAUAGUGCUAGUAGUGGUACUACUGGGGCAACCUCCUCUGUAGUUGAUAAUACACGGGAUGAGGAUAUGGAUAAGGACUCGCAGACUAGUACAGGUAUUUUAGACGGGGUUGGGGCUCAAGGUAGUGAAACCAUUUUAGGGUUGACACUGCCGAAAAGGUUGAGUUCUCCUGUUACCACAAGUCAAAAGAAAAAGACUGGAACAGAGUCAGAGACUACUUCAAGUGCUUCUGGAACUGGGGGUUCGGCUGGGACAACAAAUACAUCCUCAUCUUCGACCACUACUACAGCAACAACUGAUACUACCACUGCUAAUACUACUACUACAGCAACUGCUACAGCAACUGCAGCAACUGCGUCAUCACCAUCAACUACAACUCCUUCUUCAGCCGGAUCUAAUUCUCGGAAAUCUCGGUCGAAAAAGGGAAGCGGUGGAGGACGUCCAAAGAAGGGAGCAAGCUCGGGUCGGGUGACCAAGCAAAGUAAGGAGCGGGAAACGUCCAGUGCAGCUGGUGUUGCAGCUGCAACUGCUCAAGCUACAGCAGACACAUCUACUAAAGCUGAUACCUCAUCAAAUGGAGUUAUUGACCUGAGUUCUUUAUCAAAUGGGACUACUACUGUUAAUAACAAUGCCAGCCCCACCAGUACUAGCACUCAUACCAAAGUUAAGAGUAAUGGCAAGCGGCAUGGGAAAAAUCUUAAUACUCAUGCCAGCCCUGUUAGCAAUCAUCACAAUGAAAAUGGAGAUGAGUAUUCUCAUGAAGAGGACUUGCAAAAACUGAUGGAUCACAAUGAGGAUAUGCUUAGAAAUGGAAGUAUGAAUGAAGACGAGGACGAGGAGAUGGAGGAUGAUGAUGACGAUGAUGAUGACGAUGGAGACCGAAAAAAGAAACAAAAGCCCAAGUUUACUGCGGAGGACGAUGACUUACUUGUUGAUUUGAAAGAACAAAAGAAACUGAGUUGGAAGCAAAUUGCUGAAUAUUUUGAUGGACGGACUGCUGGCGCAUUGCAGGUGCGAUAUUGUACCAAGCUUAAGAUGCGAAGCGGGGUAUGGACGGAUGAGGAUGUUCAAAUGCUUCAUAAGGCCUUGAAGGAGUAUGAGGACGAAAAGUGGGUUGUUGUUGCACAGAAAAUGGGGUCAAAAUAUACGGCAUCUCUGUGCCGGGACAAGUACCACGAAGUGAUGAAACUGCCCAUGCCGCCGCGACAUGUAUUGGCAAAGGUAUUGCCACAACAUGAGCAGUACGUGUUGAAUUUGCAAAGAAAGGCGGCGGCUAAGUUGCAGUUACAACAGCAGCAGCAACAACAACAGCAACAACAACAGCAAGCUCAGACUCAAGAUCAGGAUCAAGACCAGAAACCGGGCAAAGAUGGGUUUCGAUAA